GGAGGGGUCCCCGGGGGCAGGAGGGGGGCAUUCCCCAGGGCAGGAAGAGUCCCGGGAGGGUUUGGUGGGAGCCGGCCCCUCCGGCACGGGGCACAGCAGGCAGAGAGCAGGGCGGCGACAUCUGUGGCCCCUUUGUGCCAUGGCAGGCUCAGGCCAUGGCUCUAGUGGCCCCCCACCCCCAUCACCUCGGUACCGGUACCUGGAUCUGCUCUUCGCCCUCGUUGGCACUGCUGCUUUCUUGAUAGACCUGGUCGCUGAUCUGUGGGUGGCCUCCAGCUACAUGCAGGCUGGGCACUAUCUCUGGGGGGGGCUGGUGCUGGCACUGCUGGGCCUCUCCUCCCUGGCCAUGCAGUUCUUCAGCUGGGCCUGGUACCGGACGGACAACAUCGAACAGGAACUUCCCAGUGGCCGCUGCCUGGCUGCGCUGCACCUCCUUCAGCUGGGCUAUCUCUACAGGUGUCUCCGUGUGUUGAGAGUGGGCUGGCGAGUAUGCAGGGCGGAGACUGCCCAGCAGCAGGAGCGGAACUACGCUGUCUUCCUGUCCCACGACAUCAGCAUGCUGCGCCUCUUUGAGACCUUCCUGGAGGGCACCCCCCAGCUCAUGCUUACGCUCUCCAUCGUUCUGCAUACAAACAAGUUGGAGCCUUUCCAGGGGCUCGGGAUUUGCACUGCCUCCCUAUGCGUGGCGUGGUCGCUGCUGGAUUAUCACCAGUCCCUCCGCUGCUUCCUGUUGGACAAGCAUGAGCUGGGCCCGCUCUCCUCCGCCAUCUACUUCCUGUGGAACUUCCUUCUCAUCUGCCCCCGCGUCCUGGCAGUCGCGCUCUUUGCCACGCUCUUCCCGUGCUACGUCGGUCUGCACUUCCUGGGCAUCUGGGCUGCCCUGCUUCUCUGGGUCUGGCUGCAGGGCACUGACUUCAUGGAGUGCCCCAGGCAGGAGUGGCUCUACAGGGCCACGGUGGCUGUGAUUCUAUAUUUCUGCUGGUUCAACGUGUCCAAGGGGCAGACGUGGCAGCGCAGCAUGAUCUAUCAUGGCUUCAUCCUGGUGGACAGCGUGCUCCUCGCUGGCUCCUGGCUCUGGCACAAUGCCCCUCUGCAUGACCGCUCUUUUCUGCUCCCUGUGCUUCUCGCUGCCCUGGUCUGCUUCGUGCUCGGGCUGCUGCUGAGAAUCGCCUACUACAAAUGGUUCCACCCCACGCUGCAGGUCCAGUGCCAGGCAAGCUAUGAUGAAGUAGACACUGCAGAAGGACCAGCCGGUUUCCGAGCUGGCCCAGUGCCGGCCCCUGUGAACAGACGGAUGUACCAGCUGUCCCAGAACCACUUCUUGGACUCUUUGCAGGCUGGGCGAAACUGGGGGAAUGGGGACCUGGAUGACAUGCCUCUCUGAGUGCAGCUGUCCCUGCUCCAGGCAGAGGGAUUUGCACCUUGGGGAUCUGUGCUGGGGGAUCCCAUUCCGGACCUGACUCCAGCCAUCUCAGCGCCUGCACCGAGUUCCCAGGCUUGGAGCCUCUAGGGAUGACUUGGCCACUGCAGGGGGUGUUAGUUUGUUGAUGUUUAUAAAGGGAAGGGUAUAAAUAUGUGGUGUUAUAAUAA